AUGCUAGCGAGCCGAAAUGGUCUAAGAUUGGCAGCUGCUCCGUUUGCUGCGGUAUCGGCGGCAAGAGCCUUCGCAACCUCCUCUGCAUCUGCGCAGACGGCAGGCAUGGUAUCUUCUCGAUUCGGCUGGCAGAGAUCGAGAGAAGACAACAGGAAGAGACUAGCGAUGGUCUUCGCUGGUAGCGCCGCUCUCUUUGCGGGGGCCCUGGCGGUCAACGAGUCCUUCACAAGGCACUUCAGUGAGUGUGAAAACAGCAUGCCCAAGGAGGAUCCAAUGUAUCGCAGCAAGGAGAACAAGCCCGUUCAGAAGCCCCAUGAAGGGGAGCCUCAUCACGAGGAGAUCACUGUAUUUGCUGGUAGCGCCAACAGGAAACUGGCGGAGAGCAUCUGCGAACACCUUGGCACUCGCCUCGGCCGAGUCGCCCUCGGUCGCUUCGCCGACGGUGAAGUUAGUCUGCGUAUCCAAGAGAGCAUCCGCGGCAAAGAUGUGUAUCUCGUCCAACCCACCUCCCCUCCUGUCAACGAGAACCUCAUGGAAUUGCUUCUUAUGAUCUCAACAUGCAGACGGGCCUCGGCGAAGAGAAUCACAGCUGUGGUACCUUACUACGGGUACGCUAGACAAGAUCGUAAGAUGAGCAGUCGCGUGCCUAUCUCUGCCGCUGAUGUCGCAAGACUAUUGGAGACCAUGGGUGUCGACAGAGUCGUUGCAGUAGACUUGCACUGCGGACAGAUUCAGGGGUUCUUCGGCCCUCGAGUGCCCGUCGACAACCUGGAAGCCCAAGUUAUCGGCUUGGAGUACUUCCUAACAAAGCCUCUCGUGAAGCCAGUGAUCGUCUCUCCUGAUGCUGGUGGUGUGUACCGCGCCCGUAAGUUCCAGGAGGGCCUCAUCAACCACGGUGUUGAGGAUGUUGCCAUCGCGAUGCUCAUCAAGCAGAGGGAUCGCCCCAAUCAGGUGGCCCGGAUGGAUCUGGUCGGUCAAGUGGCUGGUAGCGACUGCAUUAUCGUGGAUGAUAUGAUUGAUACCGCCGGCACACUCUGCGAGGCGGCUAGAGAGCUUAAGAAGCACGGCGCCUUGCGUGUAUUCGCCUUUGCAACUCAUGGUCUACUCAGUGGCCCAGCAAAGGCGCGUAUUCAAGCGUCCCCGUUAGAAGAGGUUAUUGUGACUGAUAGUAUCCAGCACAGCCCUGAAGACUCCAAGGAAUGCCCCAAGCUCACACAGUUGUCGAUCGCUGUGCUUAUCGCGGAUGCCAUCCGUCGCAUUCACCAGAAGGAGAGUCUCCAUGACCUCUUUGGUGUAGCCCCCGACGCGUAGUUGCGAUUGAAGUACCGGCGUGCUAAUGUUUACGAAUUGUCUUGUUGCAACUUAAGUGAUGGUAUCAGCAACAGCUGCUCUUCCUAGGAUAGUGGUUUCA